CACUUUUCUUGGUCGUCGCCAGCAACGAACGUACACUGUUUGUACAUAGAGGAACUAGCAGUUUGGCCAGUCAGAGCCUGACAAAAGCGCUUUUAUAAAGCUGUACGUCAUGUGCUGAGUUUCCACAUCUGGUUUAAUACGGCCCUAGGUAAACGCGUAGCCGUCUUCUGUCGGCAUGAAUCUCGGGGAUGGCCUGCUUUUUGAACUUGAAAAUGGAAAACCCAAGUUGAUUUUGCUCAGUCAUGGUGUUGAUAAAAAUCCAGCAAAGCUGUCCUUCAGGCCUAGAGCAGCAAACAUCCUCAGCUGCCGGCAGGCCUCCUGUGUGUCAGAUGUACAGGGGGAGGAGCAUCCACCCCGACAGCUGGCAAUGAGGCACAGAGGGGCCAGGACUAAGGCAGGAGGAGCAGGUGCAUCUGUCACCUCCAAUACUGAAGGGGAGAGUGCCAGCUUGACUUCAAUGAAAACACAUGAUCAUCACAAAGUUGGCGUCGUUAAAGCUGUGGCCAAGGUGAAGUCAGACAGGCAGAAACACAGUAUUACUCUUGGGCCCCUGAGAGCCGGUGAGAAAACGGGACAAGCGGGAAACACUAGGACUCGAGGAGCUGGAAAGGCAGGAUUUAAAGACCCAGCAGCCAGUAAGGAUGCAGCACUGAAGGACAGCAUGGUGUGUCUGACCACUGAGGAGCUGCAGCACAUCCUCAGCACUGUCCAGACCUCCAGCAACGUGCAGCACCCACCAGAGGAUGACAAGAUUCAAGGAAGCAAUGGAAAUCAAGCAAGCUCAAAGUCUGGCUACUCACAGAAUGGAGGAGGAGGAGGGAAUAUGAAGGAGGAAGACAGAGGAGGAGGGGAGGGAGUAAAGAAAGGAGAUGGAGAAGGAACAGAUUCAAUGGGAACCUCACAACAGAAAGACAACAAGUUGUCUGGAGGUAUGUUCAGCUGGCUGGAAGAGCGACAGUCAGACAGCAAGGCAGCCAUUGAAGCUAAGAAAGCUCAGUGGAAGAAAGAACUCGAUGAACAGGUGGCCUUAAAGCAGCAGCAACAUUCAGCACCCAGCAGACUGCAGGCUGAGGAGGACACACAGAGUGUGUUGUCAGUGCAGAGUUCGAUCGGCCACAAACAGCAGCCGCCAGCCAUCAGAUCCAGCCUCAGACUCGGGGAGGUCACUCCGAUGGAGGAGGAGAUGCUAAGUGUUGAGAGGAGAGAAGAACAGAGGAGGCGCUGGUUGGAGGAGCUGGACCGUCAGAGAGAGGAGAUGACUGAGCGCAGGAGACGAGAGAAAGUGCUGCAGAGUCAGGCGGAGGACCACGAGCUCUGGGCUACACAUUUUGACUCGCUGCAGAGGAGGCCUCCUGUCCAGCCUGCAGCUCCAUCAGCGCUGCCACCGGCUCAGUUCAGCAGCUCUGAACGGGGAGACUGGGAGCCCUUGUCAAGCCUUUCGCUCGUCUGGGAUGCUACGAGCAGCUGUGGAGCAGAUAGUGUCGCAGGAAACAGUGUGGACACAACCCGUGGGUACCCAACCAGGGCCAGCUAUCUGAGGACCAUGACCUCCCUGUUGGAUCCUGCCCAGAUAGAGGAGAGAGAGCGGAGGAGGCUCAAACAGCUUGAACAGCAGCGAGCUAUCGAAGCCCAAGUGGAGGAGCGUCGUCUGCAAAGAGAACGAGAGGAGGCGAAGAGGAGACGGGAGGAGGAGGAAGAAGAGAGGAGGGUGGCGCUGGAAAGGGAAAUGCUGCAGAGACAGUAUGAGAUAGACACACUGAAGGAGAGGGAAAAGGAGCAAUCGAUUGAUCAGGAGGAGCAGCUAAAAAAAAGGAGCAAUGAUGGCAGAUUGCAACAGGCACUGGAGGCCAACGCAGUUACCAGGCAGGCUGAAGAUUUGGAGGACACCAGCACUUCGGCUUUCUCUUACAAAGACGCUGCUGUACAGACAGAAGCUGCUCCUUCUCUCCCGCUCAGAGCUCAGACUCCAGAUGUCUCCGUGCAGCCUCCUCCAUCUCUGCCCACUGCUGCCCCUCCUCCAAACAGCAGGAGCAGAGCAUUGAGAACAGGAAAGGAGAACAUUUGUCUGCCAGCUGGAGGAGACCCAUAUGAGCCGUUUGCCAGGACAGAGAAGAGCAGGAGGGACGAGAGGAGACCUGAGUGGAACACGCAGAGACCAAACCGUCGGUUCGUUCCAGCCUCGGAGCGUUACCCAGCUUCUCUGCAGAGGAACAGACAGGAGAGUCGACUAAAGAGGCAAGCUGAGCUCCUCGCUCUGCAGGAGAGGGCCUGUCUGCCGAGGACUGACCCUCCUCCUCCUCCACCCCAGGAGCUUCGCCUGUGCCCCAACAUCAUGCAAACCAGAACCAGUCCCAUCAGGAAGGUGGAAACCAACUCCAGAGGGCACAUCAUCUCCACAGGCUUAAACACUGAAAGAGGGCGCUCUCCUCCUGUCCCUGCAGUCAAACACAGAGCACAGAGUCAGCAUGCCUCCAAUACUCUUCCUCUGGUCUCGGAGUUCAUUCCUUACGUCAGGACUGAUGAAGUCUUCAACCUGGACCCUCUGGAGGCUGCUGACACUCCUCCACCCCUCACACACUCAGGAGCGCCUCCUCCAUCACAUCGAGACCCCCUCCUCCACCCAGAGCUGCUUCGUAACACCCACACACACCGACAGCAGGAGAUCCUCAGAUGCCUGGCUCAGCUCCGCCAGGGUUUGUUACUGAAGCAGCGGGAGCUAGAGUCAGAUCUGAAUCCUUCCCGAAGUGUCACGACGAGCACCGGAUUCCCUCAACAUCACACCGCACGUGACCUCCGACCUGUGUCAAAUAAAAACCUCAGCACUCUCAUGUGAGUGCAUUUAUUUUGAUACUACAGAGUCCUUCAGACUUGAUGACCUCAGGAGGUCCAGCCCUUGAGGGGACAGAUGAUCAGCGCACUACAAUGUCACAAAUCAGCAGUAGACUCCACUGCACCUAUGACCAGGAGAUAGACAGUUUGUUAUUGUUUCACUGUUAAACUAAUCUAACAAUGGAUUCAAGCAACCCCUGAAUGAGUCACUGAGUGUAAUUCUCCAUAAACUCUUCUUCCCACUGCACAAAAGGGAAGAGUAAAUAUUCCAGAGAUGGUUGUAGCUCUCAUGAGCUGCUCAAUUAUAGAAAACCCCAAAUUAAAUCAUUAUUUUUCUUAAUAUUUAAUUUAUUUAACAUUGGGGACACAGCGAUGUUCAAAAUUCUGUUAAAGCUGAAAUUGCAACAUUGCUUGUCUACCAGCUGGAUUCUUGAAAAGGUUCUGGAUGAAUAGGCAUACAAAGUUUGCCCUUUUUUGGGGGGUCAUUCUAAACCAGGGAAGUUUUCUGGAAUAUCCUUAAAAUAUUCCUUUUACAAAAAGAAGAAGCCAGGAAAUGGAGUACUGAACUACAGGUGUCAUGUUUUAAGCAAAAAAAAAGCACAAUAGUAAUAAAACGGAGUUAAGACAAAUGUUCAUGGUGCAUAAAAGCUGAACUGGUGUGAAUAUGUCAGAAUAAACUGAUCCCUCAGAGCUGCAGAGGGGAGCGGUCCACGAAUCAGACGCCGCGGUGUCUGAGGCUCAGAGCUGAAGACUCUGACGGGAAACUGACCAUCCAGCACUCUGCAGGUGUACUUGACUGCGACAGUGAACCAGUGAUGUGGACGUGGGCACUGAGCAGAUAUGAAAGUCUGAUGAUAAUCGUUUAUCUCUAUGUUCAGCUAAGAAUCAUAGCUGAAGAUGAAAUCCUUUGUAGUAUCGACGCCCCGCCUACAGACCACCAACAAGGGGUGGCCAUAGACUGUAUAUAAAAGAUGGACAUAGCCACUGUGACAUCACCCAUGUGUUAGCUGAUGUUUUUGAAACUAGGCAUUGCAGAUGGAGUGUGGAUGUAACUAAAAUGCUCGUAGGAUAGCGAAAUGUCAAUCACACACGCCUUAAAACUAUCCUUUUUUUUUUUUUUUUUUUUUUUUUUGAGUCUGAUGGCCAUAAACAUGCAGACUUCAGUUCAAUGUUGCAUUUUUUAUUUGUUUUCUAUGUUUUAAGGUUGGUGCUCAACAUUUAGUGUAGUUUACAUUUAGUUCUACUUAAAAUACUUGAAGCUUUUACUCGCCCCAAAGAAGAUUAUUAACAGGUUGCUAACAAGACGACAGAAGCUGUCGGGGAACAUUAAGUCUAAUCAAGCCAAACACAGGAGCUCAGUGGUCACGCCCCUAAAGUCAUGUAACUGUAGUGUAGUCUGUUUUGAGUUUAACAGUAAAAUUAGUGAAUUUUACUCAUCUUUCCCACAGAGCCUGUUAUCUGCAAUAAUCAAAACCCGAGCUGUAGCAAUUGCAGCUUCUGUACUGAUCAAUGGGUUGGUUUCACCUCUUAGACCUGGAUGUCCAUCUUUUACAUACAACUCAUCUCUGUUGAGGUUGGUGGUUGAGUUUCAUUGUGGGUAAUGUGAGAAGCUGAUUUUGGAACAAGACGGCAGAAUGAGGUGACGUAUAUCAUCCUGUGGCUUCAGUUUAUUUUUGUGUUUUUCGUUCGUUCCUCACGAGUCCAACGCUAUUAAAUGAGUUAAAGAUAAAAAUCUGCCCCUUUUCUCUGAGGGAGGCUGUUAGAUUUCACAGCCUGAUGGGAAAAUUAAUCAAAUUUUAGUGGCUAAACCUUAAAAACAUGAGGUUUUCUCGAAGAGACACAAAAGUCUCACAAAUUAAAAAAGAAGCAGAGUAAGCCUUUAAAGUUAAUUCAAACAGACAGCACUGAAACUGAAACGCCUCCUCCAAACGGGAAGUCUUUCUCCUGCUGCUCACUGGCUGAGUUUCUUGGUGAAUCGCUUUACAUGAGGAACAUAUUUUAAUGUUUUUAAAUGCACUUUUUUUAUAAGAACGACACGGUACCUGACAACUGUUGAGUUUUUCCAUUUUUCCUGCAGAGAAGUGAGGAACAAAAAAAUGUUUCUUUAUUUUCUGCUGCCUAAGAAGCUUUGUGUUUCUGUGUAAUUUUCAUUGUGCUGAUGUAUUUUUUAUUUAUUUUAAAUGUAAUAAAUAUUUGGAGACCUGUGGUUUAUACUGACUUUCAUUUCUUUUAUGCAUAGUUAGUUAAAACUUGCUGACACCAGUUUAUUCUGGUCAGAUUCAUUUUUGUUCUGGUUUGAUUCCCUGGUUCUGAGACAGUUUCACAUAAUGAGGUAAGUGUAUGUACAGUAAUCCCUGUGAGCCAGAAGGUCAGGAGUGCUGUAAAGAGUUUCAGGCAGUAAUAGUGAGGGGAUAUCGCUAAUAAUAUGGGUCAUCUCCAACACACAGCCCCACCUACCCUCAGUUUGUGAGGGCCAGCCAAUCAGGAGAAAGCUGGUUUAAAGGGAGAGUAGCUAACGACUUGUUUCACAUAGUGGAUAAACUGAGUUCCUGGAGGAUGAAGGACCUACGCACUCGCCCGACCUAAACCCAGUAAAACACCUCUGGGUAAUAAUCCCAAAAAAUUGAUUCUGUUCAUCUGGACGUAGUGUUUCCAGUUCACCAUUCAGACACUUUUCAUUACAUUACAUUUCAGUUCAUUGGAUGCACCCAUGUUGCACCUUUAACCUCCAUCGCAUUAGUAGUAUGCCGGGAUGUUGUCAGGCAUGCAGACAAGCAUAUGGGGGUCAUACAAACUAAUGAGUACCAUUCUGAGGUGCUGCGAUGAAAUUUCAGCCUGCUACAUCAUUUUUUUUCCACUUUGAUUUUGGCAGUGUCUUUGAUUUCAGCCUCUGUAGGUUGAUCAUUUUCAUUUCCACCAAACGAUGUGGCAUCCUUUUAUCCUUAACAAAUCACCCACUCCAUGUCAGUAAUGUUAUCCAGCGUGAUUUCUUUUACCACUGAAAUCCGACAUACUUUCAAAGUGUUCCUGUCAUUUUUUUUUGAUCAGUGUACUAUUUUCUUCUAGUUGGAUCCAAAUUGACUGACACUGUGCAAGAAAAGUCGUCUGUGAGUCUGGGUUAACGUAUUUAAACAGUGUGUAAACGCAUGUAGCGUUCAGGACUUCGGCAGCUUGACGUCUUCAAGAUGUUUGUGACAUCCCUGUGGCUUCAUCCACCUGUUACACUGUCUUUGUUUGGGAUUACUGACACCUGUGACUGGGAACAGCUACUGCGUGAUUUCCCCAGGCAGAAAGGCCGAGCGCCACAGCAGCACCGUGCAAGAGGAAAGGAAAAAAGAUCACUCAGAAGCUUUGGAAAACCUCAACAUUAAUGCUGACUGUUAUAACUGCAUUCAGAGCACAAAGUUUUACAUGUUUAUUUUAAUACAAACAAAAUCUCUGAUAUAAAAAAAGAAAACAUAAAAAACGCUUUUUAAGUUAAAACCAGUCUGUUCCACAGUCUCUUCCUACAUAAAAUUCAACACAAACAGCUCAGAGUGUAACAACCAAAACACUCUGUACAAACUAAAGUUUUUUACAGGAUAUAAACAUCCUCCACAGGUAUGAGGCAGUCUGUUUGUCAGCCUCCUGUACAGGUUACUCUGCAGUGCCAUUUUCCACAAAGACAAAACAUCUUCAUAACAAAACAAAACAAAAACUUUACUUAUUAAACGUUCCCAAAGUGUGAAACUGUGGUGCGUUCAGGGAAUCUGGGAAAA